CCAUCACAUGCUCGCCCGGCACCACCCAGCAUUGAGCCUCAGGGCACCAGUCUCGGAGCGACUUUUUCCACCUCCUUUUGUGCCAGGAGUAAGAGGCCCUGUCCUCUCCGACAAUUCGAGACGAGAUGGAUGGAGUGCCGGGGUCAGUCCCGCGCCGGCUGCUUGGCCUGAGAGUGGGGGCGCUCAAAACUCUCGUGCGACCUGUGCUCGUCCGACACUGCUAGUAUAUAACGCUGGGCGCCUCUUCUUCGCAACGUAUCGCAUCCAUCCCACACCAUGGACAAGAACGAAAACGAGCUGCGGCAGCGCCGCGACCACGAGCAGACGGUGUUCCAGGCUCAGGACGCCAACGAUGCCGACAACUCGUCCAUCAUGGCCGUCGACAAGGACUCGCCGGGUGUCCGCCGCAUCGAGGCCAUCGUCUCGACCUGGACCAUCAAGGACCGUGUCUACUUCCUCGGUGCCCUCGUGGUCAUGACCUACGCCCGCACUCUCGCGGCCACCACCAUGGGCACUUACCAGUCCCACGCGCUUAACGACUUGGGCGAGGCCGGCCGCGCCGGCAUGGUCCGCACUGUCCGCCAGGUCCUUACGGCCACCACCCUCCCCAUCACCGCCAAGCUCUCCGACUACGUUGGCCGUACCUUCAUUCUGUGCGCCACCGCUGUCUUCUGGAUCAUCGGUCCCGUCAUCGUCGCUACCUCCAACAGCCUGGGCGCCUACAUGCCCGGUUUCCUCAUCUACACUCUCGGUCACGUGUGCGGAAACAUUCUUAACUACGCUCUUGCCGUUGACACCACGACUCUGCGCAACCGUCUGUUCAUGCAGUUUGUCUACAUUUUCCCUUCCAUCAUCAAUGUUUGGUCUUCGGGUGUGAUCGCCGCCAAGUUCGUUAACGGCGUCGGAUGGCGCUGGGGUGCUGGUAUGUGGUCGAUCGCCGCUCCCAUCUGCACUAUCGGUGUCAUUGCUGUCUUCGCUUGGGGCUCGUUCCGCGCCCGCCGCCUCGGCCUCAUGCGCGGCAUUCCCUCCGCCUGGGGCCUCUUCACUUCCGGAAAGCGCUGGGUCCACCUUUUCUGGGUUAUGGACAUCCCCGGCCUGUUCUUCCUUGCUGCCGGCCUCGCCCUCAUUCUUCUUCCUCUCUCGCUGGGUGGUGGUGUCGCCGCCAAGUGGCGCUCGGCCGAGUGCAUUGUUCCCCUCGUGAUCGGUGUUCUCUGUCUCCCCAUGUUCGCUCUCUGGGAGCACAAGUGGGCUCGCCACCCCAUCUUCCCCUUCAAGCACAUGAAGGACCGUCACGUCAUGAUUAUUCUCAUCCUCUCGUUCGUCAAGUCGAUUGCCGGCUCUACCCGUGACUCGUACCUCUACUUCACCCUCAUCGUGUCCUUCAACCAGGGUGUCGAGGGUGCCACUCGUAUUAACACCCUUGAGGGCUUCGCCGGCUCGGUGACCCUCAUCUUUGUCGCCUUCAUUGUGCGCAAGUACAAGAUUGUCAAGCCCCUCAUUAUCGCCGGUACCGUGCUCCAGAUUGUUGCCCAGGGCAUGCUCGUCCACUUCCGUGGCGGCUACGGCAAGAGCCAGCUUGCUGGUCUCAUUGCUGGUGAGAUCAUCGAGGGUAUCGGAAACGGUCUUUCGUCGCACCCUUCGCUUGUUGCCAUGCAGGCCAAGCUCGGCCACGAGCACGCUCUUCUCCUCACUUCGUGCUGGGCUGUCGGUUCGCAGGCCGGUGGUGGUAUCGCUGCCGCUAUCUCGGGUGCCAUCUGGACUCAGCUCAUGCCCGGCAAGCUCAGGGCCGGUCUCGAGGCCGCCGGUGUUCCCAACGCCGCCCGUGUCGCCCAGCAGGUCUUCAGGAGCCCGCUCACCUUCGUUAAGGAGAACCCCCCGUACUCGGUUGGCCGCGAGGCUAUCGUCCCCGCCUACCGUGACGUGCAGUACAUUCUCUGCAUCAUCGGCGUGGUGCUUAUGGCCGUCCUCCUCCCCCUCACUUUCCUCAUCGACAACGUUUCCCUUGACGACCGCACCACCCUCGCCAAGGACACCGAGUCGGACACCUCUGACGAGCCUCGUCACCUUGGCCCCAACGGCGUUGACGACCGCCGUGAGCUCAACACCUUUGAGGACGAGAAGCGCGACGUGCCUGCGACUAAGACUUAGACUUGAGGACCUUACACAUAAAAGGAGAGGGCGUUCUGGGUGACGGUGUAUAAUGUGCAUUAGGGCACGGUGGACGGAGAAAGGGUUCACGGGUAUAAGACCCAGAACUGUCCCAGAUGAAUCUCCACUGUUACGAC